CUGUACAUAAAGAGCGACGUCUUCUGGUUCUCCAGAGCAUUUCGAGGCGACAAUGUUUUCCGGACUUCUUUUUUAUAUAUGUCUUAUUGGUCACACACGUGGGCAGUGGUGGCCUAUGCCCACAAGUGGAUCCGGGGGUAGUUGCUGGCCGUUCUGUUUGCCAACUGGUGGCGGUGGUGGUGGCAACCCGACAUACCCCGGCGGUGGCGGUGGUGGUGUCCCGACAGUCCCCGGCGGUGGUGGUGGUGGCGGGUGGCCAACGGGUCCUGGUGGAGGCGGAGGUAUCCCGACUGGCCCCGGCGGUGGUGGUGGUGGCGGGUGGCCAACGGGUCCUGGUGGAGGCGGAGGUAUCCCGACUGGCCCCGGCGGUGGUGGUGGCGGUGGAUGGCCCACAGGCCCUGGUGGAGGUGGUUGGAUGACAACCGGUAUUCCCACAACAACCCAAGAACCAGACGUUACGUGCUCAGGUAACGGUGGUAGGUGCGUCAGUGACGGCUGUGACGGCGAGGCUGACGUCAGUUUCACUUGUGAGACGUCAGGAACUUCGUGCUGUCUGCCGAUUGUUCUUCCAGUCGUGUGUGGAAACCCGUACCUUCCGGCGAUCCGUCGCUUCAAAAGGAACAGUCGGAUGGGCCAGAGUCGCAUCGUGGGAGGGACGGAAGCUACGCCACACACGUGGCCCUGGCAGGCGUCCCUCCAAAACUCGGACAAGUUCCACUUUUGCGGUGGUUCCCUGAUAGCGCCACAGUGGGUGGUGACAGCAGCGCACUGUGUGGACGGGUCCAGCUCAGUCCCGAGGGUGGUGCUCGGCGAGCACGACAGGAAGGUCACCAACACAGACCGGGAGCGGGUCUACCUGGCUACUGUCUUCAAUCAUCCAGGAUAUCGCGAGGGAGCGCCGUAUCCCAACGACAUCGCUCUACUGAAGUUGUCGGCUCCUGUCGCCUUUGAGGAGCACGUGUUUCCGGCCUGCGUACCGGAAGUGGGAACUGUGUACAACACGUCGCAGGACGAAUGUUGGAUUUCCGGCUGGGGGGAUACAAAAAGUACUGGGGACGAGACGAAGCUAAACGAACUGCGCGUCUCGCUGACCCCUAACGCGGUGUGCAGCGGCGGGGACAUGUGGGGCAACUACAUUCUCGACUCCCACAUCUGCGUCGGCAACGGGGACAUCGGCGCAUGUCAGGGCGAUUCUGGUGGACCCCUCUCGUGUCUCAGAAAAGGAGAAGUCACGUGGGAGCUGGCAGGCGCCACCUCCUGGGGAGCUUCAGGGUGUCGCACCGCCAAAAAGCCCAAUGUGUAUACCCGGGUAUCCGAUUUCCGGCCUUGGAUUCUAUCCACAAUCCGCCGAAAUAGCUAACAUGACGAGUUUUUAGUAAAACGGAUCAUAAUAAGUUGUAAAAAAUAUAUCUGUUUCAAUAAUGAUUAAUUUGGUGGCGGUAAAAUAAUAAAAUAUAUGCAUGUCUGGAUACAAAAAAUAUUUGUUAAAAUAUUAUUUUUAAUUUAAUUCAAGUGUUCCGUUUCCUUUAGUUAAUGAUGUGAUUACAAAAUCGUGACGAUAAAACAUGGAUAGUAUGACAAGUUAUAAACAAAUGCGUAAUGUGUCAAAUGAUCGUGUGGUGUGAUGUGUAGUGGUUAAUCUUCAGAGCAAAACAAAUAUCAAUUAAAAUUGCGAAAUGUUUCCUCGGUUUUGACACGAUAAUAAAAUAAAUGAAACAUGACGAA